GAGCACUUCGGCACGCACGGCCCGAGCGGCUCCGCAGGCUGGAACCCCCUCGCCGGGAUCAAGAGGAAUUUCGACGACGUGCCGGACUUCGACCGUCGUGGCUUCACCUCGCCGUCGUCUAUUGGGGGAAUGAGCAGCGCCGCCAGCUUCGCAGGCUCCCCCGCCGCGGCCACCCCGCUCUUCCCCGCGUCGCCGGGCCUGGGCAACCUCCUGGCGUCGCCCGGCCCGACCGCCUCCGCGAGCGGAGGGCCCUCGUCGUCGCCCCUCGUGACCUCCCGGCCGACGCUGCUGCAGGUGCGGGUGGAUGCGCCCCUGGACGGGAAGGCGCUGGGGCUGAAGGUCCGGGAGAACGUCAUCGCCGAG